UCUAAGGUUAAAGGAUUAAUAAAUCUUGUAAACUAAUCUCCCACUUGCAUAAACAAAUAAACAACUAGUUUUUAUCGCUCAAAUCAGAUCUAAAGGGGAGAAUCAUUCAAAUUCCAAAACAGGUUUCCUCCAUCAACACAAGAACUGAAGAACCCUUGAAGGAAUCAUCUUUAGAUGACUUCAGUUUAGAUGACUUCAGUUGUACCUCGGGGAGCGUAGUUAGUUGUACCUUUGGGAGAUAGUGAAACAUGGGUGUCCAAGAAACUGGGGAUGAUGAAAAUAAAGGAACAAAGAACAAGUACAGAAGAAUGGAUUCUGAGCUUACCGAUUAUGGUAAUAAUGAUCCAGAGGUUGUACAAUACAAUCAGACACAGCGACAAAGAAGCAAGAGAACCAGAAAGUACGUUUUUGCUUGUGCUGUUUUCGCAUCUCUCAACAAUGUCCUUCUUGGCUAUGAUGUAGGUGUUAUGAGUGGAGCAAUCAUAUUCAUCCAAGAAGACCUGAACAUCACAGAGCUUCAGGAAGAGAUUCUUAUCGGUAGCCUAAGUGUCAUCUCCAUAUUGGGUAGUUUGGCCGGAGGAAGAGUCUCCGACGCCGUUGGCCGGAAAUGGAGCAUGGGUCUUGCUGCAAUCAUCUUCCAGAUUGGUGCAGCUAUAAUGACCUUCGCUCCUACUUUCAAAUUUCUAAUGAUUGGUCGACUCCUUGCCGGAGUGGGAAUCGGUUUUGGUGUCAUGAUAGCUCCUGUCUACAUCGCCGAGAUUUCUCCGACUAUCUCUCGAGGUUCAUUCACCUCAUUUCCGGAAAUUUUCAUAAACCUUGGGAUUUUACUAGGUUAUGUAUCCAACUACGCGUUUUCUGGAUUUUCUUCCCACACAAAUUGGCGAAUCAUGCUUGCAGUUGGAAUCCUUCCGUCUGUUUUCAUAGCGUUUGCAAUAUUCAUAAUCCCGGAAUCACCAAGGUGGUUAGUGAUGCAAAACCAAGUCGAUGAAGCAAGAUCGGUUUUGAUGAAAACAAAUGAAAUGGACUCGGAAGCGGAGGAGCGGCUAUCGGAGAUACUAGCAUCCGCCGGAGCAAAAACCGGAGACACCGCCGUCUGGCGGGAAUUGCUAACUCCGACGCCAUCUGUCCGGCGAAUGUUAUUCACUGGAAUCGGAAUCCAAUGUUUCCAACAGAUCACCGGAAUUGACGCGACGGUGUACUACAGCCCUGAGAUCCUACAAACCGCCGGACUUCAAGACAAGUCAAGGCUUUUAGCCGCAACCGUAGCCGUCGGAAUCUCGAAAACUGCCUUUAUCAUGGUGGCGAUCUUAGUCAUCGAUAAAGUUGGAAGAAAGCCGUUACUAUAUGUGAGCACCAUCGGAAUGACUUUUUGUUUGUGUGGUUUGGCGAUAGCUCUCUCGUUAUUUAAUGGAACAUCUAUCGGAGUGGAAUUGGUGAUUCUAUUGGUUUGCGGGAAUGUGGCGUUCUUUUCGGUCGGAAUUGGACCAAUUUGCGGAGUUUUGACAUCAGAGAUAUUUCCAUUGCGGUUAAGGGCACAAGCAUUCUCAUUAGGGGCGGUAGGGAAUAGGGUUUGUAGUGGUAUUGUUGCAAUGUCAUUUUUAUCUGUUUCUCAUGCCAUUUCGAUGUGGGGGACAUUUUUUAUUUUCACCAUGGUAUCUGCUUUAUCGGUUGUUUUCGUUUACAAAUUUGUUCCUGAGACGAAAGGAAAAUCAUUGGAACAAAUCGAGUCGUUGUUCGGUAACGAACACGAUUCACUAGAAAACGAAGUAGAGCUAUCAGAUACUCAACGGUUGGUGCCAAAUCAAGAAAAAUCGUCAUUUAUUAUUUAA